AUGUCACAUCACUUUUCUUUAGUCCCGCAACAAUCCCACGCCAUUCCUUCUCAUUUAAUACCGCAACCUUCGCCGCACCCGCACCCGCACCCUCAACAUCAUCCUCAUUCGCACCCGCAUCUACAAUCAUAUCCGUAUCAUCACCCACAGCCGCACCCACAGCCGCACCCACAACAGCCAAUACACACUCAUCCAAAUUCGCCGCCAUUAGUUGCCUCUGUCUCGCAUCUAUCUUCUGCCACCUCACUCUAUGCAUCCCUUCUCCUACCGCUUUCCAUUCAGCUAAUUCAUACGAAUCACCACACCCAGCCGACCAAUUCAUCCUUUGGUCUUGUCCACUGCUAUCCGCCUCAACAAAUUCUCAACUUAACGCAGGCACCACAAUACUUUCCAAUUCAGUUGACACACAUAUUUCUCCCGGCACCCAAUCCUCAAGCGCUGCGUGAUUUCUGGGGUCAGUGUGAACUUCUUAUACCUGGAACUGUUGGACACAUUGAGAAAAUCGAGAGUGGCGAGAGGUGUUGUCUAAGAGACUAUGAUGGUAAUCUAAUUGAGGUACAUUGGUCUAUGCAGCCCAUAGAAGGAAUUACAGUACCCGCAAUAAUGAAUAUGGACACUACAAUACCAUAUCACAGCUCUAGGGAUAGAGAACUAAAAUAUUAUCCCCCUCGUCAGCGGGAUAGUACGCGGCACAGGGAAAGGGCUCGUGGGGACAGAGAUAGAUUAGAGAGAGACAGAGUAGAGAGAGACAGAAAAGAGAGAGAUAGAUGCGAGCGGGAGAAAGGCGGAAGAGAAAGUAACGAUAGGAACCGCGGUGAUCGGGAUCGAAGAGAUCGAGAAAGAGACAGCAGGAACAGAGAUCGAGGGAGGCAACAGACGUUCCCCUUAGGAUCCUCAUCGUUUCCCUCUGCAAUGCCACCUGAUAAAGAUACUCGACGUGUCCUGCAAUGGCAAAAAGACGUGGCUCGCUCAAUAUCUUUGCCAGAUGAAGACUACUCGAGCGAUGACUCGGAUGAACAUGUAGAUCGGAAAGAAUUACCCCCAAUUUGUGCCGCUGGGCAUCCUUACUCUGAUACCCCUUGUCGUGAGCGGCGUGGACGAGAUAAACCAUCAGCUCCUGAUUCUCGGAUUCCCCAGAGGGCUGGAAGCUAUCCAAAAGAUUUUGACAGGGAAAGAGAAUCCCGAAGACUCCAAGAUCGUCCAAAGGUCGGAAGAAGAGAGACUGUAGCUGACAUGGAAAGAAGCCGAGAGUAUACCAAUGGGGACUCCCGCUCAAAACCAUCUAGCCGUAUACAAGGUAAGCAAGUUCUUGGAUCUUUGAUCGGCGGCGCAGCCACGGCUGCUGUCGUUUACGGAAUGAUAAAUUCACGUCCCGAAUCCCCGCCGCCCGUGUCGAAACCGCGGUAUCGACAUUCUUACGCCCACAAUUCACAGUCAGAUCCAUUCGCCUAUCGAAGUUCAAAUAGAAGAAGAAAUCACAGCGUUGGUAAUAAUUAUACCAUAGCAGACCACAAAGGUAUCCAAAUGAUAGAUAGAGAAGUAUGGGCUGCUAGGAGAGACAGCGGUAUUGGUGGAAUGAGUGGUGUCAGUAGCGGUGGCGAUCGAGUGGACGAACAAAGUUCCUCUAGUGGCACGCGACAGGAUUCUUACAAGACGGGGCCCAAAGGGAGCAGACUGUCCGAGGAACGUCGUUACCACUAUCGGGACAGCAGUAACCGACGAGAGCGGGGUCGUGACGGUGAGUUUAGAAAUAGGUAUAGUCGGCCCCUAACUAUACUUCCUGCUGCACCUGAACCCGGAAGCGAGUCUAGUGAAAGCUCUGAAUCGGACUCAACUAAUGAGUCUGAAUCAGCUUGCGAGUCUGAAAGUGAACGAGAAAUAGAGAGAGAAAGGGUCCGGAAUAGACAAAAGCGUAGAGCUAGAAUCGAAAAAGAACUACAGAGUGAGAAAAAACCAGAGAGCGAUGUUGAGGAUCGAGAAAGGCCACUUCAUGAUCGACCAACAGCGCAUGCUGAAGAUCAGGGUUUCAAGCAAGACUCUAGCUACGCCUCGGCCAAACCAUAUCACUCGCCUACUCUUUCCGUAAUAUCUCAAUCACUCAGUUCUACCUCUGGAUCGACUCUUAAGGCAGAACGUGAAAUUAUCUCUAAAGUACCAACACCACCUAGUGCUAUGUCACCACGUAUUCGUAGCAGCUCACACCCUCAGCGUGAAAGAGACUGGAUACGUUAUCCCGAGAAUGAAACUACCGAAUACUACACCGAUCGUCACCGAGGCUACGAACCAGCAUACGAGUAUUCUGCGGCUCCUCCAGUCACAGGGCCUUCAUACUCGUCCCACCACCAUGGUUCAAGGCGCAGUACACGGGCUACGAGAGAAGUUCCACCUUCGCCUAGUGGGACUGGCUAUGAAUAUCCUGAGUCCGUUUCGCCAGGUGAUAGUGUAAGUUCUGCUGAUAGUAACAAGUAUCGCAGACGUCGGACGCAGAAACAUAGGCGUUAG